AGGGAGGGUAGAGACUGCCAUUGGAAAAGCAAAUUCCAUUAACCCCAACCUCUCUUUGCUGCGUUCCUUCGUUCUCUUGCACUGCUCUGAAACCAAACUCCUAACUGAAGAAGUCUUCUUCUACUUCUGAAACCGAAACAGAAACCUAAGAUUCGUUCGGGGCUUCUGUGAGGAUUUUGGUUUUCAAUGGGAAAAGGUUCGAAGAGUGUUUGCAAGUCAGCGUCCCAUCAGCUCUUCAAGGAUAAAGCGAAGAACAGGGUGGAUGAUCUCCAGGGUAUUUUUACGUUGCUACAAUCAUCUAGGAAAGAAGGCCACACGGGCGAUACUGCUGUUCUGGAGGAGCAAGUGCAUCAGAUUCUCCGCGAGUGGAAAGCUGAACUCAACGAGUCUUCUCCUGCAUCCUCUUUGAUUGGUGGUAGUACUGAUUCUUUCUCUUCAGAUAUCCGCCGUAUGUUGCAGCGUUGUGAUGAGGAAGACGAUGCAACCAGUGCAUUAGCAGAGCCCCCUAACCCUAAGCCUGAACCUGAUGAUCAAAUCAUUCGGGCGGGAGAUAACACUGCUUUCCAGGAGGUGAUUUUAUCAUCUUUUUUAGGUUAAAUUCGUAGGGAUUGCUUUGCAACUUCUAUUUUCUAAUGCUGUCCAAAGGUUGUUGGACUUGAGGGGGAAAAAAAAAGGUGAUACUUAUAGUAAGUGGAGCUGAAAUAUGAGUUCGAGGCUGGAUUUAUAUUGU